ACUCCCUCCCAUCACCAUUUUCUCGAGUCUUCAUUUCCACUUUGUUUGUCUUCAUAAAGCAAAAUAACAGUAAAGGAAUCUUAAAGAAAGAUAGAAAAUGAUGUCCCUUUCUCUUUCUCUUUCUCUGUCUUCUCCUACACACCAUUUUGCUUCAUACAAUAAGCAGCAGAUAUGCGCUUUGAGAUCUCCUCAAUCUCAUCAGACUAAGAUUUCUCAGCAAAAGUUGCAGCCAAGUUCCAGUUUUCUUGGCUAUAACCCUCUCAGAGUUUCAAUUGAUUUAAGUGGAGAGAUGAAGAGGAAGAGAAGUGGAGGAGUGGUUUGUUAUGCUUCUGCUGCUCUUGCUCCUAGAAAUCUACAGUGGGUCUGUGCUAUUUCCUCUUUUGUGCUCAUGGUUGCGAAGGGCACUGGUAUUCACAAGUCUUUUCUUGUUCCUUUAUUUGCUUUACAAGCUCCUACAGCGGUUGUCUCAUGGAUCCAGGGUGAAUAUGGCCUUUGGUCAGCAUUUUUGGCACUUAUUGCUCGCCUCUUCUUCUCUUUUCCUGGUGAACUGGAAUUGCCAUUUAUAGCAUUCUUGAUGGUAAUUGUGGCUCCUUAUCAAGUUGCAAAUCUAAGGGGUACAAAGGAAGGUGUUAUUCUUUCCUUGGUUAUAGCAGCUUAUCUAGGUUUUCAGCAUUUCACACGUGCUGGCAGCUUGCAGAAGGUGUUUGAUCAAGGUUCAAUUAUUGCCACCCUAGCCAUCAUUUGUAUUGUCGCUACGCCAUGUUUGCUCUUGAUUUGACUUGAAACUACGGUGAUUUCUCAAAGGAGUCCUGUAAAUUAUUUGAGUAUUUGAGGGAUGGAGAUCACGCAAAUUAAUAUCUUUCUUUAAAUCCCUCUUAUGUAUACUUCAAGCUGUAUAUCUAGUUAAUUAUGUUGGACAAACUAGGGUUGAAUGUAUUUAUGCAGGAAUAAAUUGGAUGACCUCUGUGAACAAGCUUUCACUUAUAUCCUAUUAAAUUCUAUACUUUGGGCAA